GGGCCUUCCGGUUCCUCUGGCCGAUCAGCUGACUCUGACUGACUGCCGCUGUCAGGAGAUUUCACCAACUGUAUUGAAUGGCAACUAUGAAAGUGAUCAAGCCAUAGACAGCUAACGUACAUCUUUUUUCACUGUUAACGGCCCCUUUGGUAUUCCCAGUUUCCUCCAGCUUCACCUGUGCUGUCGAGACCAUGACAGAGUUUUGGUUGAUCUCUGCACCGGGGGAGAAAACCUGUCAGCAAACAUGGGACACCAUGAUGGCAGCCACGACACGAACCAACAAUCUCUCCAGCAACCACAAGUUCAACAUCCCAGACCUGAAGGUGGGGACACUCGAUGUCCUGGUUGGGCUGUCGGAUGAACUGUCCAAGUUAGACUCCUUUGUUGAAAGUGUGGUGAAGAAAGUUGCUCAGUACAUGGCUGACGUGCUGGAGGACUCUCGAGACAAAGUGCAGGAGAACCUGCUGGCCAAUGGAGUUGAUCUUGUCACCUACAUCACCAGAUUUCAAUGGGACAUGGCAAAAUAUCCCAUCAAACAGUCCCUUAAAAACAUCUCAGAAAUCAUCUCAAAGCAAGUAAGCCAGAUUGACAAUGACCUGAAAGCAAGAGCAUCUGCCUACAAUAACCUGAAGGGAAACCUGCAGAACCUAGAGAGGAAGAAUGCGGGGAGCCUGUUGACCAGGAGCCUGGCUGACAUAGUCAAGAAGGAUGACUUUGUUCUGGACUCGGAGUACCUCAUCACUAUGCUCGUAGUUGUACCAAAGACGGCGUAUGCUGACUGGCAGAAAACAUAUGAGACCCUGUCUGAGAUGGUGGUGCCCCGAUCCUCAAAUCUGCUAUUUGAAGACAAUGACAGUGGACUAUUUAGCGUCACUCUAUUCGUGAAAGCCAUCGACGACUUCAAACUCAAAGCGCGAGAGAACAAGUUCACAGUAAGAGACUUCCAGUACAACGAGGAGGAGAUGAAAGCAGACAAAGAGGAGAUGACGCGGCUCUGUACGGAUAAGAAGAAGCAGUUUGGCCCGCUUGUCCGAUGGCUGAAAGUAAACUUCAGUGAAGCCUUCAUCGCAUGGAUUCACAUCAAAGCACUGAGGGUGUUUGUGGAAUCGGUUUUAAGAUAUGGGCUGCCGGUGAACUUUCAGGCUAUGCUCCUGCAGCCAAACAAGAAGACCAUAAAGAAGCUGAGGGAGGUGCUGAAUGAUCUGUACAAACAUCUAGACAGCAGUGCAGCAGCUAUCAUCGACUGUGCGAUGGACAUCCCGGGCCUGAACCUCAGCCAGCAGGAGUAUUAUCCUUACGUCUACGACAAGAUCAACUGUAACCUGUUGGACUUCAAAGUGUAAUACUUUGCCUAUUUUCUCUUUAUGCUGAUUGCUUUCUCAUGACUUAGAUCUGCUCUUCCUUGAACACCCCUCCCCAUCUUCCCCCGCUAUCCGUCUCCUCACCGUCACCUCUCUUGCUUGAAUGAGAUCGCUGCAUGUUCAUUCCUUGUGGUGAAACAGCCCUACCGUAAGCUUCUCUCACUUUUAAAACCAAGGGACAAAGUAAAAUAUGAUUGUUUCUAUUUACACUUUUGACGUGAAGUGGGUUAAGAAAUGUUGAAAAGAUGUAUAUUUACCGCCUCAUUCCACUUGUGUUGGCUUUUAUUGAUAGCUAGAUCCUCAGUGUUCGGAGAUUUGUGUUUAUAUGUUAUCACUGUUACCCACGGCAACCGGACCUGUUAUUUGUUCCUGAGAUUGUGGUGUGGCUUUGUGUGUUGUCUGAUGUUGUGUAUAUUUGCUGUGAAAUAAGAUCUCUAUAUCAGUGUACUGUGUGUAAGCCAGUGAUUGAAUAAAAAUGAUUGAGUAUACCAAAUAUGUGUGAAUUUGUAAAAAAAUGUAAUGAUCAAAUUUAGGGUUUUAUUUUAAAUACAUUUAACGGUAUUUUAUUUGUUCUUUAGUGUGUGAAAACUUUAUGCUCCUGGCUUAAACAGAACUCUAGGGCUAUCCUGGCAAAAUAAAGGUUCAACAAACAACGAAUAGGAAUUCAGUGUGAGGGGCAUAUGAGAAAAAAACAUGUUGACCCAGCUCUAUGUAGUAAAACAAGAAUGUCUGGAGACUUGUGAUUAUCAUACGCACAUCUGCAGGCAAUUUCAAAGAUGGUUCCUGUUUGAGCAGAAAUCACUUGGAAUACACACAGCUUCAGAAAAAAAUCAAACAUGAGAUUUAACAUGGCAGUCCCCUGGAGAUGUCAACAGCAGGGGGCAUCAAACAGACGCAUUAAAUGAGGCCCUUGCAUAUAUAUAAGCAAAUAAAUGCAAUUAAAGGACCAAAAUGAGAUGUCCUCCUGCCAGUGGUGUUAUGUCAAUGAUUCAUUACUCAUUGUGUUGCUGUUGGUCUACGUAGAAACACAAAUUACAAACUGUUGGGAAGUUUAAUCCCCCAAAAUGCAUCAUGUUUUACAAACUGAUCUUGCGUUUUGGACGUGACAGCUGAAAUAAAGUAAGAACAUAUUGCUGCUAAAUACACCUACUGUUAAAGAAUUAAAAUGUAAAUAUAGUGCUGCAGAAGUACAAUGGAGGGACUAACUAUAGAGUGCUUUUCACUUUUCUUCCACGGAUACAUCAGAUUUGCCUAAAUACAACGCCGAAAAGAUCUGCACACAGUCGGCUCUCAAUAACAUAACAUUUAAACGAAUGAUCUACCGAUUCAACUCAGAAAGUCAAUACUGGAUCAAUAUGUGUAGAAGUAAUGCUCUCUGACACUCCUGAAGGGAACAAAGCAGAGAACUCUAUAGGAACAAUUAUAGGAAAGAAAUGUAGAAAACUAUUACAGAGGAAAAAUUGGAAUUGAAAGAAUUGUUAUGGAAACAAAACACACAGAUUCAACGAAAAAUAAUCAACGGAAGAGGAGGUGGUUAAAAUAACAGGAUGUUCAAAUUAAAAUGAACGUUUGAAUAAGAAAAGAUAAUUUUAACAUAAGUAAAAACCACGUAGAAUGACUUUAAAAGCUCUUAAUGAUUCCAAAUGGAGACAUAGAUCUCCUACCUCCUCUACCUCACAAAAGCUUAGUUUCUAUUCUACUUUAGUGGUGCAAUGGUGCUGGAGUCAAUCCCAGCUAACAUCAGGUGAGAGACAGGGUACAUUGUUAGGGUCAUUGUUAAUAAAUAUAUGCUUUUCCAGCAUGUUUUAGCUGCACUAGGGAAAAUCUCAAGAUUGCCCGAAGAAAGGCAGGUCUAAGAAGCACUUCAGCCAAUUGCUGAUUCAAUAAAAAGUGUGACAUACAAUUUAGCCAACCGGCGUCCUUAAAAAUAGACUUGCUUGGGGCAACAUUUAUUUUAUUUUAUUUUGGAUUUAAUCACCAUUCAAGUAGACCAGACGACUGAUAUACAGUAUAUAUCAUAUCGUACUGAUUGUUUAUAUAUUUAUAUAUAUAAUGUAUAUUAUGUUUUUGAUACCUUCAUUGUUUUGCAUUAAAUAAACUUUCGAUGUUA